AUGUCACACAUCGAGUUCUCAGAUCGGCUUCACUUUUCUGCUAAUACGAACGACAACAUCAACUACACGAAGUCAUUGACUCCACCUUCGCCUCCGGCCGAAGACGCCUCCGCCUCCGGUCUCCAAUCGACAACGCCGACAAAGCCUUAUCCUCCGGCAUCCACACGUAUACAACUACAAGGAGUUGUAGCUUUUUGCGCAAUCUUCCAAGCCGCUGGUUCGUCUCUGCAACAAGGAUUUCCUGCGGAUCUUGGAACACUAAUCUACGCGUUGUUACAGAUCGUUAUUACCGCACUAAAUGCACUCUUUGUAGAUACAGCCGGUAGAAAACCACUUUUAUUGGUGACAGUUGAAUCCAUGGGUAUCCACCACCAGCACCUACUUCUACCCUUUCUCUUUCUAGCCGUACUCCCACUCUCCACCAGCUACCACCACCAGCGGACUCUACUACAAAGCAGCAACGUUUCAUGUCCUCUGAACUUUGACUUACUCCGUCGUCUCGCUGGCUCUCGUCGCCCUACUACAGAUGAUCCUGCAACCGCCUGCCGGUACGCUCAGCAAGGUCUCCGGUUGGUCGAAGCUGAUUACCUUCUUCGUACAAACUCUUUCGUACCGCCGUUGAACUCCGCGGAGUCAUGUUGGGCGUCUUACCAAAUCCUGGCUAAUGACUUUUUCCCCAAUUUUGAUCUGCGGCAAACAUGCCGCUUCCAAACGAACUGGAUUGCCGUCCCUGGUUGUAUGAAUAUAAGUACCCGUCGAGAAUUCGAAAGCCAUGUUUCUAGAUCAUCACUGAACCCCGUCAUUUCAGCUUGUAACCAGUCGCUCUCCGGUUCCUCUUGUUCAGCAUGCACCGUCGCGCUUUCUACUCUCCAGGCAUCAUACCUUAACGGCGACUUCGUCGGAAACCUAACGGACUGCCGCGCUUAUCCAUUCAUCUACGCUGCUGCCUUCGUUAAUCCAUUCGGCCCCACCGACAGAGGUACCGCAGCCUGCUUAUUCUCCCUUGAUAUCGCUUUAUCAAAAUCCAAGAAGAAAAACAAAACACUUAUAAUUGUCAUCGUCGUGGUUAUCGUUGCAAUCAUUCUAUUUGGAAUUGCGAUUGGAUUUUUGUUCUAUCGGAACAGAAAACUCAAAAGGAAUCGAAGAACAAGAAACGAUUCCAAUACCGUCUCUGCUUUGGACUCGAUUACCGGAAGCACAACGCUAACCAGAUACACCAUCGAAGAUAUCAAAGAAGCCACUAGAAACUUCUCGAGAGAUAACAUAAUUGGAAGAGGAGGUUACGGAAACGUAUACAAAGGUGUUUUACCUGAUGAUACCGAAGUCGCAUUGAAACGAUUCAAGAACUGUUCGGCUGCUGGCGAUGCAAGUUUCACACACGAAGUGGAAGUAAUCGCGAGCGUCCGCCAUGUAAAUCUUGUGGGUUUGAGAGGAUACUGCACCGCCACCACUUCAUAUGAAGGUCAUCAACGGAUCAUCGUUUGUGAUUUGGUUAAAAAUGGCAGCCUCCAUGAUCAUCUUUUCGGGGAGUAUUCAUCACGAGCCAACCUCAGUUGGCCGAUCCGUAGAAAAAUCGCUUUGGGUACAGCUCGUGGAUUGGCCUAUCUUCACUACGGAGCACAACCUGCAAUCAUUCACAGAGACAUCAAAGCUAGUAACAUACUCUUGGAUGAAAAUUUUGAGGCUAAAGUUGCUGAUUUUGGGCUAGCUAAAUUCGCACCCGAAGGAGCCACACAUUUGAGCACCAGGGUGGCCGGAACAAUGGGGUAUGUUGCCCCGGAGUACGCGUUAUACGGGCAACUGACCGAAAGAAGUGAUGUUUAUAGCUUUGGGGUGGUGCUUUUGGAGCUCUUAAGUGGUAAAAAGGCUCUUAUUGGGGUUGGGGAUGGUGAUGGUCAACCGGUUCUUCUAGCUGAUUGGGCUUGGUCAAUGGUGCGAAAAGGUACACCUUUAGAGGUAAUCGAUGAUAGUAUGCCGGAAUGUGGUUCACCUGAAAUCAUGGAGAAGUAUGUGUUGGCGGCAGUUCUUGCAUCUCAUCCUCAGUUAUAUGCUCGGCCUACAAUGGAUCAGGUGUUGAAGAUGUUAGACACGGAUUUACCAGUUCCUUCAAUACCGGAAAGGCCGAUUCCGCUUAUAGCCGGAAUCGAGGAUAUCGAGAAAUCUAUGGACAAUUUUCCACCAAGAGGGAGCAGCACGAAGGAGCCCGUCUUUCGGGUGGCAGAUAGCACACCUCAUACAGGCCUGCAAAACUUGAGAUCUAAAAAAGUAUUAAACUAA